CCCCGGUCGCAAUUUGGCUUACCUCAGUAGAGCUCCCCUUUCCACACCCGAAGACGCCGACGCCUGACCGUAGCGAACGAACAACGACCCCGACGACGUCGUCUAUGUGUCCGCAGCGAGAACCCAAGCGAACGGUCGAUAGCGAAACCCCAAACUCGAACGCGAACGCCAACGCCCGACGAUAAGACAUCCCGCGUCCCCUCUUCAAGUGGCUUGGAUCGCGGGCACCUCGAGACGCACAUGUGACGCCCCCCUCCUUCCACCCUCCACGGAAACCUGGUGCUGGAGACGCAUCUCGUCCAAUUGGGUGGGCGAUCGCGAAGGCCAACGUGACGCUCCGAGUCUAGGCGUGAGGGGUUUGCUCGUCCAAGGUGCCUAUUUCCGCGCCCGUCGUCUGUCACUUCUGUGAGGAGAUUCCAGUCUCGAGGACGGUCCGCAGGGGUACAAGUACGACACCAUGUCGAGUUCCGCCGGUGGAGGAGACUCCAAGCUGUUUGCUCGGGGCAAGGUAGCUGAGCUACGCCUCGAGCUAAACAGCGGAGGAAAGAAGGAUAAGAAUUAUUCAUCGAAGAAGAUUGCGUUGAAGAAGAUUGUUGCCAACAUGACAAUGAGCAACAAUGACAUGGUUGCUCUCUUUCCCGAUAUUAUUGGAUGCAUGCACAUCCAGAGCUUGGAAAUCAAAAAGAUGUGCUUCCUUUUUCUGGUCAACUACGCGAGGAUGAGGCCCGAGAUUGCAGUCAAGGCUAUCCCGGUACUAGAGCAUGAUAUGGAGGACCACAACCCACUUGUACGAGCGCUUGCUCUCCGAACAAUGUCGUACAUUCAUGUUCGAGAGUUUGUCGAAGCCACAGUCCCGCUCGUAAAGCACAUGUUGAAGGAUGGUGACCCUUACGUCCGCAAGACGGCAGCGUUCUGCGUCGCCAAGCUUUAUGAUCAUGACCGACAUAUGGUGGAAGCCUCAGACCUGAUCGACCGACUAAACUCGUUGCUCAGGGAUGACAACCCUACUGUGGUUGCUAGCGCCCUGGCCGGCUUGAUGGAUAUAUGGGAACGGAGUGAUGCUAUCAAGCUCACCAUCGACUACAGCAAUGCUUCCAAAAUGGUGGCAAUUCUCCCCGAUUGUUCCGAGUGGGGUCAGACAUACAUCUUGGAGGCUCUGAUGUCCUACGUUCCACAGGAAUCGGGAGAGGCAAUUCUCCUGGCUGAACGCAUAUCGCCGCGACUCUCACACUCCAACUCAUCAGUCGUGUUGACCUGUAUUCGAGUCAUCCUCUACCUCAUGAACUACAUUGCCGAUCAAAAGCAGAUCGCGGCACUUUGCAAGAAGCUGUCGCCGCCACUUGUCACCCUUCUUGCCAAGGGACCUGAGGUACAAUAUCUGGCCCUCCGCAAUGCCCUCUUGAUUCUCCAACGGCGACCAGAUGUCUUGAGGAACGAUAUCCGAGUCUUUUUUUGCAAAUACAACGACCCUAUCUACGUGAAGGUCACGAAGCUGGAACUCAUCUUUAUGCUCGCAAAUGAGGACAACAUCGACGAGGUCUUGACUGAGCUGCGGGAGUACGCCACAGAAAUCGAUGUUCACUUCGUGCGGAAGGCGGUGCGCGCCAUCGGCAAGCUGGCUAUUAAGAUUGAGCCUGCGGCGCGGCGAUGCAUAAACCUGCUCUUGGAGCUUGUUGCGACCAAGGUCACGUACAUUGUGCAGGAAGCUACCGUUGUUAUUCGAAACAUCUUCCGAAAGUACCCCAACCAGUACGAGUCCAUCAUCAGCACGCUCUGCGAGCAUCUUGACUCCCUGGAUGAGCCAGAAGCCAAGGCUGCCAUGAUCUGGGUAAUUGGACAAUACGCGGAUCGCAUCGAGAAUAGUGAUGCGCUUUUGGAGGAUUUCUUGUACUCAUUUGCUGAGGAGCCGGUUGAAGUACAGCUCGCAUUGCUGACGGCCACUGUCAAGCUGUUUAUUCAGCGACCAACCAAGGGACAGGAGCUGGUACCGCGAGUGCUGAAAUGGGCUACAGAAGAGACAGACAACCCUGACCUUCGAGAUCGGGCGUACAUGUACUGGAGGCUAUUGUCUACGGAUAUGAAUGCGGCUAAGCAGAUUGUCAUGGGCGAGAAACCGGCCAUCACUGCUGAGUCAGAGCGACUGGACACUUCGACACUGGAGGAGAUGUGCCUCAACGUUGGCACGUUGGCAACUGUCUACCUGAAGCCGGUGCAGACCGUCUUUAGAUCGGCGCGGCCGCGAAAGCUCCAGGAUUCACCGGCUCUCCAGAGACGGAACCUUGCGGCGGCUGGAGACAGCCAAAAGAGCAUCAGUAUGUUUGGUAACGCUUCGCAGCCGACGGACAUCGACCCUCGAAACAGGCAGCAAGCAGGCAAUGGGGAAGCCAACCUCGCACAGGCAGUCAACGAUGCAGACGAGUACUUCUCGAGUCUCGGCACGCAACAGAUGGCGUCGAUGCACAUUGAUCAGGGGGAUGACGUAUUUGGGGGAGGUAGUGGUGAUGGAACUGGAUAUGUCGUGAGCGCUCACGCACCCCAGGCAGUGCUCCAGCCUGCCCAGGGCCAGGGAAGCAACGGCGAUUUACUGGUGCUGUAGUUAAUGAUGAGGGGAGCGACGAAGCAUUGCAGAAUAUGAAUCAGAUCCGAUGUAGUUGAAGAGUGAUUAUUGGCUGUCU